AUGAAGUUGCUCCUUACCUUGUCGGCACUCGCGUUGCUACUGCAACUGGUUGCAGCGGCUCCCUUGACUCAAAUCCAGCAACCUCAAUUCCUGCAGGUCAAACGAGGUGCAACUACACUUGCAACUAUCGGCAAAGCAUAUCACGCAGUGCCCAGCAUCAAGAGACGCGGGGAAGAACAAGCUGGCAAGGUCGCGCAGAUUAUUCAGAAAUGGUCGGGCCAAGCUAGCGAAGCUGGGCGCACACAGUGGGCUAGGAUCAAAGAAGCAGUGUCGAGAAACAGGGGUGCAGCGCCUGCGGCCGAAACAGUAUAUCAAAGACCUCCAGAAGCCGGCUUUGUACAAGUACACGAAAUCGAGCAAGGGGAACAUGCAGCUGCGCAUGCUGGACCCGGCUCGCCUGAUCGCGUUCGAAUCCUGGAGCCCGUUUCUCCGGAACCCCGUCUUCCCACUGGAAGUGAUGCAAACCUAGAGCAUGCGCAUGGUGGGCAGGCACGGUACAGCCGUGAGUCUUCAAGCAUGAGAGAUCACGAAGGUGGUGCCUCUGACCGGCUUGAUGCUGCAGAGCAUCAUAUUCAGCUGCUUAGCUUACAGGGAGGAGAGCUUGCUAAACAUCUCGCGGCAACCAAGCAGAGUGCCAAGUCAGCCAAGACGCUCGGAUACGCUGCGCUUGCAAGUGGCGCACUAGUGGGGGCCACUGAUCUUGUGUAUCAGAAGAUGUCGAGCGAACGUAUCAAGGAGGAUGGGGAACACAUCAACUCUCUGCAACAAGAAGUUAAUCGCCUUAAGGCUCUCAAUAGCCAACGGGUGCCAGACUCGGGGAACGGCUCUCAGUUUACCCCUCUAGGUGCUGCUGCAAGCCCUGGGCAGGCUGCUGGUGGUGGAAACGGAGGGCUCGUCUAA